AUGUUGUCCCGAUUGCCGGCGACGGUGAGCCUUCUUCGCCGGUCUCUCCGGGAACCGCGCGGCUUCAGCUCCUCCGCCUCCUCUGUGCUGGCUUCAUCUAAGGAAACGGCCGACGGGAAGCUCGUGGCGUCGGUGCUGUUCGAGCGCCUCCCCAUCGUCAUCCCCAAGAUUCAUCCCGUUGUCUACGCCUUCCAAGAAUUCUCAUUUCGGUGGAGGCAGCAGUACAGACGGCAAUACCCCGAGGAGGUCCUUGGCAAGGCCGACGCGAGGGGUAAGGGUGAUUAUCAUAUUGAUUAUGUCCCUGCUCCAAGGAUUACCGAGGCUGACAAAACAAAUGACCGGAAGUCUUUACAACGAGCUCUUGAUAAUAAACUUUAUCUCCUGCUGUAUGGCAACGCUUAUGGGGCUCCGGAUGGAAAGCCUGUAUGGCAUUUUCCGGAAAAAGUAUACGAAAAUGAAGAAACUAUGCGACUGUGUGCCGAGGCUGCAUUAAAAUCUGUUCUUGGGGGACUUGACCAUACAUACUUUGUUGGCAAUGCUCCAAUGGCUCAUAUGGCAGUUGAACAAACGGAUUCAAGUGUUUCACCAUUCAAGCGUUUCUUUUUCAAGUCACAAGUGGUUGGCACAACGAAAUACCAUAUUGGAAAAUGCAAGGACUUCGCGUGGGUGACCAAAGACGAGCUGCUGGAGUAUUUUCCUGAGAACAAGGAUUUCUUCAACAAGAUGAUCAUCCACAUUAGAUAG